AUGUCUCCUCAAUACGCUGCAGAGAACAGCAUUCUGGGCCAGGAGCCCACGACAAAUGGCCUCGUUCCCUCUGAAGUUGAGGGCUUUGAGCUUGAGGAAGAGAUUGGUGAUGUUUCGUUGGACAAGCACGAAAGUGCAUUCGAUGACACUGAUGAUAGGGACGAUGAUUUCGUCGAAGCUGAUUGCAUUGGCCAUGACCUUGGUCAAGACGGUGGAGACGAUGAAGUCUCAUCGAGCACCGGCGCCACGGUCGCCGGUCUCAACAUCAUCCCUGAUGGGAUUGACCAAGUCCAGUUCAUGGACUGUACAAUCAGAUAUGCUCACCGCGUGAGCGAGAUCGUGGAAGCCCUGAGCUCCGAGUUCGAACUAUAUGGGCAGAAAGUUAAAGAUAGGGAAAUUGAUUUUGCUAAUGAUCUUUUCCAUUUUAGAUUCUGGGUCUAUGCCCAUCGCCUCCCCAAAGCCGAGGUCAAGAAGCGGCUGAUUGCCGCAACUCCCCCCGUUGUCCAAUGGCUGCUAGGCCACAAGCAGAUCCAUUCCGCAGACAUACGCCAGUAUGCUACGGAAAUCAAUAAGGAACAUAAAGGCAUCAGAGGGUGCUAUGGGAAUUUCGCGAGGUACAAGAAGACCACGCAAGAGGCUGACUACGUCGGCAGUUCCGUGGAUUUAUGGAGGCGUUGUCGAGAACACGCCAGACACAUCAAGAAACCUGGCAAGGGAAAGCUGCCAAAACACUACCGAGUGCUAAGCCAAAGUGGAUAG